AUGUUAUCGUCACCUGUACAAGUAUCGGAUUAUGCUAGUUGUUGCAUAAGAUGCCAAACAACUUCAGGAUGUAUGGCUUUUGCAUAUUCACCAUCAACAAGACAAUGUUGGCCGAAAACAAGUACCGGAGGUGGUGGAAAACCAGAAGGCAAUAGAAUUUCUGGAUACAGUUCAAACAUGUGUGGUGGUUUUAUACGUAAAGACGAUUGGGACAUUCCUGGAAAUGAUAUAUUAUCGUCACCUGUGCAAGUAUCGGAUUAUGCUAGUUGUUGCGUAAAAUGCCAGACAACUUCAGGAUGUAAGGCUUUUGCAUAUUCACCAUCAACAAAAGAAUGUUGGCCAAAAACAAGUACUGGAAAUGGUGGAUUUUCAAGAAGCGAUAGAAUUUCUGGAUUCGAUGAUGAUGUCGUCGGUGCAACAUGGAAGGAGCAUUGGUUUGAACAUAAUCAGCUGUUAACAAGGGUAUAUUACGACAAUGAUUUAGCACUUUACUAUGAUGACGAUGUUGCUCAUUCAACAGUUCCAUAUAUUUCAAGAUAUCUUAGUGAUGCAUGGCGUUAUGUUAAAAGAAAUUAUGGCAGUUUCGGUCCUGAUGGAAGACUUUAUGCUAUAUUUCAUACUGGGAAAUAUAGUGGAGGUCAUCCAUCUUACUAUUAUUCUGCGAGUCAUGACUUUAAGAAUGUAAUCGAUCAAGGUGCUGGACCUUGGUUUGAGCAAUUGGGAAGUAUGGAUAUACCUACACAUGAAAUCUUUCAUAUCGUUGAAAUGGCUUCAUUUAACACUCAAGGAAGCCCCGGUUUUGGUAACCCGCCAAACGGUAUUUGGGGAGAUAGUAAAAUGGCCGAAAUAUUCGGCUAUGAUUUGUACAAAGGCUUAGGUUUGACUGCUGAAGCAGAAAGAGCUAAAAGUUUAUCGCUGGCUAAUUCAGACAAUUUUCCAAGACCAAAUACAUAUUGGUUCCGAGAUUGGCUCUAUCCUUGGUACACACGAGGUGGUGAAACAAAAACUUUGGUCAAUUUUUUCAGACUUCUAGCACAGUAUUUCCCCAAACAUCCUGGAACGAAUCAUUACGCUCGUUCAAUGAACUGGGGAGAAUUUAUUCAUUUCUCAAGUGGUGCUGCUGGUACAAAUAUGAAAAAUCAAGCUAUAAUAGCUUUUGGAUGGACAAGUGAGAUGGAAAAUCAAUUCAACAAAGCUCGCAGUGAUUUUGCCUCUAUUAUCUAUAUUUGA